AUGACUUCCAUAAUAAAAUUAACUGCCGUUUCGGGGGCCAUGGACGAAUCGCCCCCAUGUUACAUUCUACAAGUAGAUGAUGUUAGAAUUUUGUUAGAUUGUGGAUGGGAUGAAAAGUUCGAUAUGGAGUUUAUUAAGGAAGUAAAAAGGCAUAUUCAUACAAUCGAUGCAGUGCUUAUUUCCUACCCUGAUGUAUUUCAUUUGGGCGCCUUACCUUAUUUGGUUGGUAAAUUGGGUUUAAAUUGUCCCAUAUAUUCCACAAUUCCUGUGUAUAAGAUGGGGCAAAUGUUUAUGUAUGAUUUGUAUCAGUCUCAUUACAAUAUGAAGGAGUUUGAUAUUUUUUCCCUUGACGAUGUUGAUGCCACAUUUGAAAAGAUUAUACAGCUGAAAUAUAAUCAGAGUGUACCACUUAAAGGUAAAGGAUAUGGUUUAACUAUAACACCAUUACCGGCAGGUCAUAUGAUUGGUGGUACUAUUUGGAAAAUAAUGAAAGUUGGUGAAGAAGACAUAAUUUACGCCAACGAUUUUAAUCACAAGAAGGAAAGGCAUUUAAAUGGUUGUGAAUUGGAGAAAUUGCAAAGGCCUUCAUUGCUUAUUACUGAUGCCUAUAAUGCUUCCUAUCAACAAGCUAGAAGAAGGGCAAGGGAUGAAAAACUUAUGACCAAUAUUCUUCAAACUCUACGCAAUAAUGGAAAUGUUCUUAUAGCUGUAGAUACAGCUGGUAGAGUAUUAGAAUUGGCUCACAUGUUGGACCAAUUGUGGAGAAAUAAGGAAUCUGGACUUCUAGCUUAUUCUUUGGCUUUGUGUAAUAAUGUUAGCUAUAAUGUUGUUGAAUUUGCCAAGUCGCAAAUUGAAUGGAUGAGUGACAAACUUAUGAGGAAUUUUGAAGGGGCUAGAAAUAAUCCAUUUCAAUUUAAACAUUUGCAAUUAUGCCACAGUUUGCAUGAGUUGGCUAAAGUGUCAAGUCCAAAAGUGGUUUUGGCCAGUUCAGCUGACAUGGAAAGUGGUUAUUCCAGGGAAUUAUUUUUACAGUGGUGUUCCAAUCCCAAUAAUAGUUUAAUAAUUACUUCAAGGACUUCUCCUGGAACUUUGGCAAGGGAACUAGUUGAUAAUGGAGGAAAUAGGGAAAUUGAAAUGAAUGUGGAAAAAAGAGUUAAGUUGGAAGGGGCUGAGUUGGAAGAAUAUGAAAAAAAGAUGAAGGAGUUAAGGAAUGUUAAAAAAGAAAGUGACAACGAAUCAGACUCUGACGACGACAUCGAGAUGAGCGUUAUCUCCAAGGGCCGUCACGACAUCGUGAUCAAACAGGAGGGCAAAGUGUCGGGCGGAUUUUUCAAGGUCACCAAAAAACAGUACCCCAUGUACCCGUUCAGCGAAGAGAAAAUCAAGUGCGACGAAUAUGGAGAAAUAAUCAAGCCUGAAGACUACAAGCUGGCGGAUGUGGUGCCUGAGGAGGACAACAAGGAGAACAUUGUGAUCAAGAAGGAGGAGGAGGAUAUAACUGAAAUCCCGGAAAUCCCCACAAAAUGCAUCAUUCUAAACCGUACAGUCCAAGUAAACUGCCAGGUUCAGUACAUAGACUUUGAAGGCAGAUCCGAUGGUGAAUCCCUAAUGAAAAUUUUGUCACAACUAAGACCUAGAAGAGUGGUAAUAGUACGUGGUUCUCCAGAAAACACUAAAGUCAUAGAAAACCAUUGCACUGAUAUUUUGCACACCAGGGUUUUUGUGCCCAGCAAAGGAGAUACCAUUGAUGCCACCAGCGAAACGCAUAUCUACCAAGUUAGGCUUACGGAUGCGUUAGUUUCCCAACUGAACUUCCAAAAGGCUAAGGAUGCGGAAGUUGCAUGGAUAAACGCUCAGAUUGUUUUAAGGGAGAGCCAAUUGGAUGCUAAAAGGAUGACAAUUGAUAAUGAACCCAUGGAAGAAGAGGACGACUUUAAUGUUCUAACCCUGGAACCAUACCCAGGCGAAAUUCCCCAUGACCCAGUGUUCAUAAAUGAACUAAAACUAUCAGACUUUAAACAAGUCCUUGGCAAAAAUAGUAUUCCUUCAGAAUUCUCAGGAGGCGUGUUAUGGUGCAGUAGUGGCACCAUUGCAUUAAGAAAAGUGGAAAAUGGCAGAAUAAUGAUAGAAGGUUGUAUUUCAGAAGAUUAUUACAAAGUCAGAGAACUUCUGUACGAGCAAUAUGCUGUUUUAUAG